UUUAAAAAAAAGAAGAAGAAACAGAAAAAGGCUAAAAAGGAUGUGACUCAUGUGGAAAUAAUUUCACCAAAGAAAUCGAAAAAAAGGAAACAGGCGACUGGUAAUGAAUGUUCAGAAAACUAUACUUCUCAAUCAGUGAACGAAAAUAAGGAGAUAUACGAUAGUAAAGGCCACAUUCGUGAAGAUAGUAAAAAGAAUUUUGAAUUUUUCUAUGCACGGGACGAUGUAUCGAAAUGUACCAUAGACGACACGAGUUUGUAUUUUGGUCAAUUUUGUCAUAAAGAAUUUAACAACUCCAAUAAUUUAUUCAAAUACGAAAAUGUGCACACUGGAAAACCACCUUACGAGUGUGACGUCUGUUUUAAAACGUUUAUGACAAAGUAUAAAUUGUGUAGGCAUACAAUUACUCAUACUGGAGAAAAACCAUACUCGUGCGACGUUUGUGGCCGAUCAUUUNUAUUUAUAGUUUUAUGUGUUAUCCAUAAUUCUCUGUUUUUUAAUUAUAGAAGUAUGGCAGCUAAAGAUCGUGGGUUGUCAAAAGUAACAGCUGAAUACAAACAUAAAAAUACUAAAAAAAUAGAGUUCUUAAAAAACAAUAUAACUGAAGAUUAUUCAAAAGAGAUGUACAAUGAUACUGCCAUGACUGACACUCCUAAUAAUUCAAGAAGUUCAAAAGUUGUUGAGGAAUAUCCAUUAUUAUUUCAUAAACGGUUUAAAAAAAAGAAGAAGAAACAGAGAAAGGCUAAAAAGGAUGUGACUCAUGUGGAAAUAAUUUCACCAAAGAAAUCGAAAAAAAGGAAACAGGUGACUAAUAAUGAAUGUUCAGAAAACUAUACUUCUCAAUCAGUGAACGAAAAAAAGGAGAUAUACGAUGGUAAAGGCCACAUUCACAAAGAUAGUAAAAAGAAUUUUGAAUUUUUCUAUGCACGGGACGAUGUAUCGAAAUGUACCACAGACGACACGAGUCUGUAUUUUGGUCAAUUUUGUCAUAAAGAAUUUAACAACUCCAAUAAUUUAUUCAAAAACGAAAAUGUGCACACUGGAAAACCACCUUACGAGUGUGACGUCUGUUUUAAAACGUUUAUGACAAAGUAUAAAUUGUGUAGGCAUAAAUUUACUCAUACUGGAGAAAAACCAUACCCGUGCGACGUUUGUGGCCGUUCAUUUACGCAAAAACGUUCUUUGGUUGUACAUUAUAGAACGCAUACUGGAGAAAAACCAUACUCGUGCGACGCUUGUGGCCAAUCAUUUACGGAAAAAGGUACUUUGGUUUCACAUUAUAGAACGCAUACUGGAGAAAAACCAUACUCGUGCGACGUUUGUGGUCGAUCAUUUACGAUAAAAUGUACUUUGGUUGCACAUUAUAGAACGCACACUGGAGAAAGACCAUAUGCUUGUAAAGUUUGUGGUAAAACAUUUGCACAGAAAUCUGCCCUUAUAAGUCAUCAUAGAUUGCACACAGGUGAAAGACCAUAUGAGUGCGGGCUGUGUGAAAAAAAGUUUAUAACAAGCAGUAGACGUUUAAAACAUACACGGAAUAUACAUGACAAAUUCAAUAAUAUAAUAAAUNUGGAUAAACAUUAUAGAACGCACACUGGAGAAAGACCAUAUGCUUGUAAAGUUUGUGGUAAAACAUUUGCACAGCGAUUUGCCCUUACUAGUCAUCAUAGACUGCACACAGGUGAAAGACCAUAUGAGUGCGGGCUGUGUGAAAAAAAGUUUGUAACAAGCGGUAAACGUUUAAGACAUACACGGAGUAUACAUGACAAAUGUUUUUAAAUUUGUUUCUAUUAUUAACGAUAUUUUAACCUAUGGUAGUCUGCUUGUUCCAGUAAAGAACCUAUUACGAUUUGCAGCUGUACAAUAUAAAAUUAAGGAUUUUCUUCUCCGUACGGAUAAUUUAUCGAUGUGACUGAAAUUUGAAAAUAAUAUAAGUAAUAAAUUUAAAUAAUUUUUAUUUCGCAUAGUAAUCGUGUUAAAAAAUUGUUAAAUUUAGUUUGUUAAAAAUUAUGUAUUUAAUAUAUUUCAUCACUAGCUUCAUUAAAAUUAGACGUUUUAUUUGUAUGUAUAAGCAAUUACAUUAUCAAUUCUGGAAGCA